GUUCCCUGCCGGACGUAUUUCACUGACGGAACCGUGAAGCUCCGUGGCUUCACGUGUACGGCAUGAAAAACCCCAAAAACAACAACAACAACAAUGCGGCGUCGAAAAGGGCCAGAUUUAAGCCUGGCUCAAAGAAGAGAGAAAACAAAUGCGUCGUGAUGUUUGACGACAAGGACAGGCAGGACUAUCUGACUGGAUUCCACAAGCGGAAAAUAGAACGGAGGAAAGCGGCGGUGCAAGAGAUCAAGAAGAAAAUAAAGGAGGAGCAAAGCAGAGUUAGAGAAGAACGUCACAAGGAAUAUAUGAAGAUGCUGAAGGAGAGGGAAGAAGCUCUCGAUGAAGACGAGCUCGGAGAUGCGGUGAUCAGCACCACAGAGUCUGUUCAGUACGACCACCCCAACCACACCGUCACUGUGACGACCAUCAGUGAUCUGGACCUCUCGGGAGCUCACCUGUUCGGGCCUGCGACGAGUGACGCUAAUGAAGAGAGAGAGGACGACAACAAGGAGGAAGAAGAGAAAAGAGUCGCAAUGCCAAAAAAACCAAGGGACUUGAUCAUGAACAAAAAGAUCCGCUCCCUAACGACGGCGCUCAGCACGUGCACCAGCAAGCGGAGGAGGAAAGGGAAGCAGGAAGGCCGAGACAGACGAGGACGCUGGCCAGACAAGAGACCCGGUGUCACGGAGGGUGUGCACAGAGGCGGGAGGACCAGCAAGAAACACAGGCGGAGACAAACGGGGAAGAAGACGGACCAUCUAGACUGAAUGUUGUGUGUGUGUGUGUGUGGCACAUUUAAUGUCAGAAUCAGCUUGAGAGUCUGUGUUUUAAGCAGAUGUUCAGCUGAAUUCUCCAUAUUGAAUUCUAACAGUGUUGGCCUCUGAAAAUAUCUUAUAUAUUUUUCUAACAGUUUUGAGUUGUUUUUUUUUUAAUACAAAUAUAGUUCACAAAAUGUACUGUAUGUGCUUCAAGUUGUGUCAAAUAAAGUCCCGCUUGGGAUUUGGUU